AUGUGGGGGUUAUUCUACAAGUACGAAGAGGAAGAGGCACAGAGACGUGCUAUGCAGCAAGGCAGACCAUGUCCUCACGGAAAUGUGAAAGGUCUUGUGCUUAAAGAUCCGAAACACGAGGAUUUGAACAGGCUUCUGAGACGCGAAUUGCCUGAGGAUAUAAUCAAGGCCAAGUUUGAGAAUCCAGCACAAAGGGUAACUGCUCAGAAAGACAUGGAUAUGGACACGGAUAUGUUUUUCUUCGGAAUACAACCUACGACCGACAAGUCCGAAAAGACUUCUGAUGACAGGAGCUUUCUCCAGUACGUUCUGGAGGAGUAUCCCAGGGUGGUAGCCAAUGGGUUGAAGGGAAAGGACAUAAUUGAUACAAUCAAGGUUUAUAAGAGGGAGUACAAUAGGGAACGGGCCGAAAAUGAGACCUUGAAGGAGAGGGUUGCACAACUAGAGAAGCAGUUGGAUUUGGCUAAGUUGAGGAAUACAGUGACGGAAAAAACGGAAUCAGCCAGCCACAAGCAGAAGCAGUUUGAGCCCGUGAAUACAGUACCAAUUCGCGAAGAGCAGGUCUUUUCUGCGAGGAAUACGGUUUCCGAUCAAGGCAAGGAGAAUGUGAAUCCGAAAUCUGUUGUACCAAAGGCCAUAAUGCGUGAACCCCAGUCUCAAAAGAGCCCCACAAUAUCACAAGCAUCAGAGAUUGCUCCAAUAGCGGCUGCAGUCCCUAUUUCGCAACAUGCUAACGGAAACACCCCGCUGAACGUUUCCUUCAACGAGCAAGGAGAAGCAAGAGUGAACGUACACGUUGUUUUGGAAAGCCAAGGCGGCGAGUUUAAAACAAUCGCGACUCCAAAACCUGUUGAAAUAGCAACCCUAAAGCCUGUUGAGACAGCGAAUCCAAAAUCUUUGCCGGCAGAUGGCUGUAAAGUGUGUGGUGAAAGUAUGAGACCUGCGCUCAAUGCCGGGCACGGGCACGCCAGUUGCACCUCCAAAGAACCAUCUGAGCUUCCUGAUUGUAUCAAGAGUCUGAAGAAUGGGAAGCAGGUGCCAAAUAGUUGGUUCUCUUUGAAUGAAAACGAUCUCGGGCAAACCUAUACAAGCUACUAA